UGUGCAGAAGCCCCCGUUCACGUGACGCGCGCCGGGAGCGGAAACGCGCUUUGUGACCGGCAGGUCGUACAGAAGCGCACAGCUGACCGCGCUUUUCGGGACGGGCGGACGCUUCAAACGACACGCGGGUGUGAGCGAGCCUCCAGGUGCGACUGACCCGCCUCUGAAGCUGCGUGUCGGUGUGGGUGUGUGUUUCUCCCCGUGGUAAUGUGCAGGAGCGCCGCCGGGGGGAGGACGCUCUGUUCCGGGUGACACGUUUCGACUCGACGCGGCUUCAUGCAGGUGCCUCCAUCCACCUGUCUGGUACCCGGCACGCGCCUCAGCUCCUGCUAAUGAAUGGACUCGCGCUUGAAGAUGUCGCGUGCUGGUCACUUCAUGUAUUUUGCUUUUGGGAGUAACUUGUUGAAGGAGAGGCUGCAGCUGGCCAACCCCUCGGCGAUAUUCUGCUGCACUGGCCGCCUGAAGGACUAUGUGUUGAAGUUUGGCCUUUGGGAGCAACAUGUGGACAACCGCUGGCAUGGUGGAGUGGCCACCAUUGAGUUCUGUCCUGGAGAAGAGGUGUGGGGCGUGGUUUGGACUCUGAGCAAUGAAAAUCUCAUGAGCCUGGACAACCAGGAGGGAGUAAGCCAGGGGAUGUACUCUCCGCUGGAGGUCACCGUGGACACGGAUAACGGACCAGUAGUCUGCAGGACAUACCAGAUGAACCAUUUUCACACCUGCCCUCCCUCUCCUCAGUACAAACAGGUCGUGUGUCUAGGGGCCGAGCAGAAUAGUCUCCCGGUGGACUAUGUGAAGAGGCUGGAGGCCGUUCAGACCAACAAUUACAGCGGCCCUUCAAUCCUCGACCAAAUCAAAGGAGUCAUGAAGUAGGAGCAGCAGCAUCCACGUUCAGCCGAGAGUGUAGACGCUCACCGGGCAGCGAGCUCUCCAGAUGGCCCUUUCCAAAACAUACAGGAUUGUUGUUAUAGUUGCAGCAAUUUAACUGACUGCUUGCCUGGAGAGAAAUCAGCCGGAAGAGCCACAUCUUGCCUGUACACACACACACACACACACACAAUUAUAUGGGCACUGACACCACUCAUGAGCUGAAUUUAGUCACUCUUAUCACAUUUUUUUUUAUUUUGAUGACGUAUUGGCUCAAUAUAUUUUUAAGAGCUGUCACCAUGGAAGACCAUAAUCAAUGACGAUGAUUACAUGCACAUGAAAAUUCCCAUCAGUAUGUGGAAUACUCACCAAUAUUGUGGAUAAAUUCACCAGGAUAAUAUAUGUGGAGUACUGAUGUUAUCUCGUGGAGUAUUAAACAAAGAAAGACUGGAAAGUUGAGUCACAUAAAUGUGGAAGAGAUUGUUUUAGAGCAAAAUGUUUAUAGCAUAGCCCUGUUCUGAGGACUGGAGGAUUGUUACAACCUGGUCAUGGAUAUUUGAAUCUGUAAAGCAGUAUGAUUGAGUUAUUUUUGAUUAUUGCUGGUAAUAAAUAUUCAUUACACAUUUUCUGACA